AUGAGGUCCUCCAUCCUCUCCCUCCGGCUCGCGCUCUUCGUCGCCCUCGUCGUCGCCCAGACCCCGACGACGACGACCGCCGAAACGGCGGCCCCGUCCACGCCCGAGGCCACGGGAACACCAUCACAGACGCCGACCUCAACCGCGGCGCAGGACACGACGACGACCAGCGGUAACAGCGGCGGCGGCGGUGGCGGCACCACCUCCCGCCCCUCCAGCACGCCCCCGGCCGACGUCUACCUCAAGGUCCCCGAGCUCUCGGUCGGCCGCAUCGAGCUCGACGUCGACAAUCUCAGCGCCGAGGUGAACCUCGCCGCCGAGGUCGCCAAGCUCGUCACCAUCAACGCCGGCGUGCAGGUCGGCAUCGAGAAGGUCAACAUCACCAUCGUUGACGUCGAGGCCGAGCUCGAGCUCGUCAUCCGCCUCGGCAACCUCGUCGACAUCGUCAACCGCACCCUCGCCUCCCUCGACCUCAACCCCCUGCUCAUCAACCUGCUCGACACCGUCGGCGACGUCGUCGACGACGUCAUCGGCGCCGUCGACGGCCUCCUCGGCUCCAUCGUCAACGGCGACUCCAAGAUCAACUUCCUCAUCGACAACCUCGGCAACAUCGUCCAGGAGGUCGCCGGCGGCGCCGGUGGCGCCCUCAGCACCAUCAUCGGCAACUACCAGCAGAACAUGACCUUCACCGGAAACCAGCAGGACCUCGGCAACGGCCUCGUCCAGAAGACGUUCCAGUACUCCCCGCUCAACUCCCUCGUCAACAUCGUUUUCAACACCCUCGGCCAGGUCGUGCGGGCGACUGUGGUCAAGGGCGGCGGUUCCGGCGGCGGCGGAAGCUCGAUGGCGUCGGGGACGGCGGCGCCGACGACUGCCGUGACGACUGCCGCUCCCACAACGACGGCGGCUGCAAGCGCAUAA